UUCGGCGCGCUCGGGCUGUCGCAGGGCGUGUACAAGUCCGUCCUCCGCAAGGGCUACCGCGUGCCCACUCCCAUCCAGCGCAAGGCGAUCCCUCCGAUCCUCGCGGGGCAGGACGUCGUCGCGAUGGCGCGGACCGGCUCCGGAAAGACGGCGGCGUUCCUGCUGCCGAUGUUCGAGCGGCUCAAGGGGCACUCGACCACGGUUGGCGUCCGCGCGACCGUCCUCUCCCCGACGCGAGAGCUCGCCCUGCAGACGCACCGCUUCUGCGUCGAGCUGUCGCACUUUGUCUCGCCGCCGCUCCGCUUCUGCCUGCUGGUGGGCGGCGACUCGAUGGAGGACCAGUUCUCCCUCCUCGCCGCCAACCCGGACGCCCUCGUCGCGACGCCCGGCCUGCUGCAGCACCUCCUUGCACCCCGGAUGAUGCUCUCUCUCGGCCGCGUCGAGUACGUGGUCUUCGACGAGGCGGACCGGCUCUUCGAGAUGGGCUUCGCGACGCAGCUGCACGCCAUCCUCGCCUCCAUGCCGGAGGGGCGGCAGACGUGCCUCUUUUCGGCGACCAUGCCGGCCAUCCUCGCCGACUUCUCCCGCGCGCAGCUGCACGAGCCG